AACAAAACAGAGAUAAAAUAAUUGUCACCGGCACUCACGGAGAAGUUCUGCGAACGAAAUAGGUCAUUCUUUCUACGAAUUAACUUACUUAACGUGUGUUAAGUUCUUAUAUUAAAAAAAUGAACAAUCUUGGCCUUUUAAAACCAAGACUCGCUGCUAUAUCUAAUUUACGAUUUAUGACUCAAUUGGGCGACUUAGGAAGUGGCGCUGGAAAAGGCGGUGGUGGUGGCGGUUCCAUCAGACAAGCGGGUGGCGCAUUUGGCAAAGCUGAGGCCGCCCAUGAGGAAGAGUACUUUUAUAAAAAGCAAAGAAAACAACUCGCGAAACUUAAAGAAGAUUUACACGAUGAGAUUCAUUUCCAUGAGGAGCAAAUUAAGAGACAUCAAGAAGCGAUUAAUCGCCACAAACAAAGGGUUCAAGACAUAGAGAAGAAAUAGGAAACAUGAUGUUUAAGAAAAAUAAAACGGUCUUGGAGCAUAAGAUAGUCUUAUUAAUGUAAUGUUUCUUUUUAUUUCUUAGUUGUUUUGUUUCUUUUUUCUUUUUGAAAAUAAUAAAAAAAAUAUAUAAAUU